CCUUAGUGACGUCAAUAACAAGCGACUGCCCUCGGUUUGUGUAUCGGCUGCUGAGCUAACAGCUGCGCCAAUUGUGUUUUGAUUUGGUUUUGCCUCCCAUGUGCAGUUAUCAUGAGCUCCGAAGGAGAUUUUCUGCCUGGAUGAUGCAUCUCGCUGUAAAACAGCUGGAUGUCUAGAUGUAGCUGCACUAGGUGUUUUUACACAGUGUAUAUAUGUUUUCAGUAACGUAUCAGUGUAAAUGGAAAUGAUAGAUAUGGAUUUAAGUGGCUGCAGCUAGCCAUAAAAGUCUCUGGACUUCAUGCUCCAAUCAGAAAGUAUGAUUGUAUCUCUCACUAAGCUGCAGCAUUGGCCUGAUUCAUUUGAACAAUAGUGUUAAAAAGAGUAUUCAAGGAUACUUAAACUCUAUAUUUCCUAUGAAAUCCCCCCAUAGUGUGUGUGGCAGCUCUGCCAAAAGCAGGUUCAGAAUUACCCGAUGCAGUAUACUGAAGAGUUAUAAUGUCUUCAGAUGUAGGUUCAGUUCUGCCUUGAACUUGUGUUAAUGGGGCAGCAGCUGCCAGUAUCAGAAUUGGCCCGCCAGUCAGUUCUGCUGUAAAUCAGGUCUGACCCAUGACUGAGUACUACGAGGAGGGGGGGCUGCUGUACGAGCAAUCACCUCCCAUGCACAUCAAAGUGGAGUCUCCGGAGGGACCCUUUGGAGGGGGAGCCUCAGAAAAUGGCUUCCCCAGGGAGGAUGAGGACUCGGAGGGCAGCUGUGACCAGAACAGUGGAUUACCUGGGGGACUCCCCUUCAACGUGGUAGUGGUGCAUCCGAACAUCAUGGCACCUGGCAUGUCCUCAGAAGACCUCUUGUCCAUUGAACAAAACAGAGCUAUGUCGGCUGCACUGGCUGCUGGUGGUGCAGGAAAAAGAAAGAGUCGUUUCAGUGGAGCAGAGCUGGAGGUGUUGGUGUCAGAAGUCACUCGGUGUGAAGGAGAGCUCUUUGGUCCCGCGGGGAGGCUUCGGCGGCGGGAGAGAGAGCGCAUCUGGGCGGGAAUCCUAGAGAGGGUCAACGCUGUGUCCAGAGUCCCACGUACCCUUCGAGAGGUGAAGAAGCGCUGGGACGACUUGAAGAGACGCAACGGAGGCAGGCUAGCGGAUGCUCGCCACCGCAGCUGUUACCUGCCAUCCAGCAGAGGGGCCUCGAUGCUCGGCCGUCCUUCCCAGACAAGCCCCAGGCUUCAACAAGCCAGGCAAAAGCAAAGCACCAGACCAAAACCCAGUUUCCCAUGCUUCCCUGACUCUGAUACAGGUGUUGGUGUGGAAGGAUCAGAAAGAGAUGGUUUGGAGAAGGAUGAGGACAAUCCUGAGCGUGACAGGGAUAUGGGAGAACCUGAUUGUGAAACGGUAGAGAACAGCAUGGAGGAUAAAUUAGGAUUAGGACUGGGUCUGGGCAUAGGACCGCCUCCUCCAUCAGAACGAUGGCUGCCUCCUUCCCCACUCUACAGUGCUCCUUUCCUCAAUGGCAGUCCUCAGCCCAGCAGUCCUCAGCCAUCACUUGGAGCACAGCAGGGUCCUCUUGAUGCCCCUCCGCGCAGCUCCUGGCUUGAAGACGAGCUACGAGGUUUAGGGGAAGCAGCAAUUCAACUGGGAAAUCGGGUAGAAAAGAGUCUGCGGGAGUUUGGCGAAGGCUUCAGACAGGACAUGAGAACACUUGUCGCUUCGCAAGAGGCAUUAGCAGUCAGUCUACAACAAAACAAUGUCCUCUUGCAAAGGCUGUUAGGAGUGCUUGAGGCCCAGCAACAACCACAGCCACAGCAACACCGUGUACAACAAGCACACCAAUCACAAACAUCUCAACAGCACUUACAGCCACAGCCAGCUCAGCAGUUACAACACAUAGAACCACAGCAGCAGCAACAACAGCGGAUUGAAGCACCACUGCAUACGCAGCUUCAACAUGCGCAGCAGCCACAUGUAGUACAACAACAGUCACAACAGAACCAAACACAAAUACAGCAGCAGCCACUGGUCACCCAGCAUUUAAACAAUCAGUCAGCUGUAGCGGUGGUACCUGCACCAUCGUCCCCUGACGUACACGGCACUUUCCCAUCUGAUCCACCCGCAGACACAAAUGGAAGCGUGCAGAGGCCACGGCGUGGAAGAGCUGUUGAUCACAGGCGCAGAAGACGGCGCUGAGGAGGAAGUACUUAGAAACUCAAAGUGCACAUCAUGCAUAUUUGUUGUUUCAAAAUGUGAUGCUCUUUUUCUAUUGAAAGUAUUUGUGUAAAUAAACAUGUAAAAGUUAUUUGGAGUUUUACGUCCCACUCCAAAUCAGUAAUCCAUCUUGCACUUCACUUUGUCUUCAGAGAGGAUAUACUAAAGUGGAUAAGAAAAGUUGAUACAUGAGAUGAUAGGGUGGCCUUAAUAAUGUUUCCUCAGACAUGCAUACAAAUUCUUGUGCUAAAACACUUGCUGAACAACAGUUGCUCUGUGGAGUGACAACUUCACUCAUGAAACAUUCAAUACCCAGACAGCAACACUCUGUAGGUGCUGAUGUUUAAUAUGCAUGUCACUGUACAUGCUUUGCAGCAGAGCUGCAGAUCCUCUUACUAGUUAAGUACUGUCUCAAUUAUCCUGAUACACUAACUACAUUGCCAACAAGUACUUGUAAUAUGCAGUUGUUACCAUAUAUUGUAGCUAUUGUAAUUACCUGCUAACGUAUGCUUGUGCUUUUUUAACAGCUUCAUGGUACAUACUUUUCCAGCUUUGGUUGGAUAAUAAAGUUAGACUGUGUUCUGUUCAGUGUGUUUUGAGAGACAAAUGUUUAAAGAAUUGCCAGUUAUUAGUGGUAUGAUAAACAAACAUCCUUGAGGCAUAAACAUAACAGUAGACUUUUAAUUCAUAUGUUUCUGGUGGAUUUCAAAAGCAUACACAAGUAUGUAGGGGCUAUUUAUUAUAAUCGUGCAUGCAGUAUGAUGGAUGUGUUUGUAAAUAGUUGCAAAGAAACAGCAUAUGGCCAUCAUCUACGUAGUUUUGCACAAGCUAUAUUUUGUAGAUAGCUACUGUUUGGAUGAAAUGUAACUACACUUUAAUAAAAGUCAGACAUGGACUGCAAAUAAA